CAGAAUGGCAAUGAAUAAUGACACAUUGAUUGCAAUUGCUAACGAUGUUUUAUUUAAAUUCGUCUGAUAAUAGUGAUUCUGAAAGCGAUAUAGAUGAAUUGUUAUUAUUGAAUAUGAAUCCAAUAAUUUGUGACAAAACGUUGCAACACAAUAUCUCUCAGCUUAAUUGCAACAUUCAUAAAUAAAUAAACACGCCCCAGAAAUCGGUUCUCCGAAGCGCGAAUUUAGGUUAUGUUUACUGUAUUGGAAAUCAGCAAAUGAGAACAUACUCAUUUUUAACAUGAGAUCAAACUGUUUGAAAUGAAGUAUAGUUCGUGGAGUUGCAAUUAAUAUAUAAAAACAUAAUGAGGUCGGAAAUGACAAAAAAAUCAACCAAUAUUCGACAUCGAUCAUCCAUCGGUAUCGAAUCUAUUUCUGCAUCCAGAAUGUUAUCAGAUAUAUGUCUUAGCUUGCUGACGAAACACCUGGAAGAGCGUGAAAUCGAUUAGUUAAAAAUCGCACUCUAAUUGCUUUGGAGUAUUCAUUGACCAGUAUCUUGACUAAAACAUUUGGAGUAAGCAAACUGUUAUUAACAGUUAUUCAAAGUUAACUAGAAUUAAAUAUUAGUUAAUCAACAAGUUUUUUGACAUCAUGGUCCUGAUGCCAAAAGAGUCUGCGAAGCUAGUCGCCGGCUUGGCGAAGGAUGUAUUCAUCGAGCAAGCAGGUGUAAAAAAAUUGGCAUUGGCGAUCCUUGAUGGUUUAAAGACGGGUAAGAUCCGCAAGGGCAAUUUCUCGCAAAUCAGAUUUCAUCCUAAGCCCGACGAUUCCAGGGCAGCGGACUGGAUAUUCGUGCUGGACACGUUGAACUUCUCAUUUUGGACUGAGACGGGUACGAAAAAGUGGAAUGUCAAUGGAGAGACCGGCUACUUUGCGUUCUGUGCCGCUGUCAGCCGAGCCAUUGAUGAAGGGAAAUCUAUGUGGGAUCCCAAGUAUUAUUCGCAGAUAACGCAACAAGAUGCAGACAUCAUUUUUCGAGGUGACAACGAAGUCAAAAUUCCACUUAUACACGAUAGAAUUAAGGGUCUGCAUGAGGCUGGAAAGAUUCUGUUGGACAAGUAUAAAGGCACGUUUGUGGAAUGUAUCAAGUCGUGUAAAGGCUCCGCGGAAAAGCUGCUCCAACUUAUUGUUAAGGAAUUUGAGUCAUACCGAGAUGAGGCUUAUUACGAAGGGCAUAGGAUCAGCAUUUACAAGAGGGCUCAGAUAUUGAUCGGUGACAUCUGGGCCUGCUUUGAGGGACGCGGACUUGGCGAAUUCCAUGAUAUCGACAGCAUCGCAAUGUUCGCCGAUUACCGUAUUCCUCAAGUGCUUGUACAUUAUGGCACUAUGCGCUACAGUGAUUCGCUCAUGAGCAAAUUGAAAUCCGAUGAACAGUUGAAACAGAACAGCAGAGAGGAGAUUGAGAUACGUGCCUGCUCAAUCGAGGCGGUCGAGCAGGUGCGCAACGAGGUGCGAAGAUUGAUCGCUACUGAGUCGAAAUUGAACCUGAAUCCGUCAACGGAUGUCAACGCGAUCAUGAUCGAUCAUUACCUGUGGGACUAUCGGCGAGAGUAUGCGCAAGAAUUGGAGCACAUACCAUUCCACAAAACAAGAACCAUUUACUAUUAGUUACUAGAGGAUUGCGCAAGAUGCAAAAACAUUGCCUAAAUGAAAAAAUUAGGAAGUUCCAUAUAUCAAAUU